AAUUUUCAAUUUUAGGUGUUUUUUUCAUGCACGUAACGACAAGUGUCAAUGGCCUCGAUAUUGAUGUUGGAAAGAGAGUGCUUGAAGACGAAAACCACGAAGAGUUUGUUGCUAUUUAAACAAAUUUGCAGAGUCCGUGGGUGAGAGACUGAUAGGAGAAGCCAUUUGCAAUGGCAAGCAACAACUUUCCUGCUAAAAGUCUUCUCAAAAGCGAAGCUCUAGCAAAGUACAUCUUGAAUACCAGUGCUUAUCCCAGAGAGCAUGAACAACUUAAAGGGAUAAGAGAAGCAACAGCAGACAAGUAUCCUAAGCUAAGCGGCAUGGGUAUACCGGUAGACGAGGGACAGUUCCUAUCUAUGCUUUUGAAGCUGAUUAAGGCUAAGAAGACACUGGAGAUUGGCGUUUUCACUGGCUACUCCCUUCUUGCAACUGCCCUUGCAUUGCCUGAUGAUGGCCAUAUAACUGCGAUAGACAUGAGCCGAGAGUACUUUGAUGUUGGAUUGCCAUUCAUUAAAAAAGCAGGCAUGGAGCACAAAAUCAAUUUUAUUGAGUCAGAUGCCAUCAAGGUUCUAAGUGAAAUGUCGAGCAAUGACAAACACAAAGAAGAAUUCGACUUUAUUUUUGUGGAUGCAGACAAAACCAAUUACGUGAAAUAUCAUGAACAUGUAAAGAAACUUGUAAAGAUUGGAGGUGUCAUUGCAUAUGAUAACACGUUAUGGUAUGGGUAUGUUGCUCAAGAAGAAGAAGAAGUGCCAGAGGUUGCCAGGGCUUCACGAAAGGGAAUAUUGGAUUUGAAUAUCAACUUGGCUUCCGAUCCUUGCAUGGAGAUUUGCCAGGUUUCAAUCGGUGAUGGUGUUACACUAUGUAGAAGGAUUAGUUGAAAAUUCUCUGUAAUAAUUCAGAAAAAGUGCUGCUGCUUUUAAUAUGUUUUGAGUUUUGUUUUAACUUGAACCCAU